AUGAGUAAUGAUACCUAUCAAAAAAUGGACCUUUUGAUAGACUCGCACAUCUAAUAAAAUGAAAAGGGAACCCCUAAUAACUAAAGCCUUAGAAAUAGCUUUAUAGAUUAUGUGUUAAAAUCAAAUGAAAAGAAUUAAUCAAUUCCAAUUAUUAAUUAUUUCAAUGAUUAAAGAUUCCAGGAUGCAGAAUAUGAAGUCACACCAAGAAAAGAUUUUGAAAACAGAGGACUUGAUAAUCAGCAGUUAAUUUUUAGGUCUGAAAAACAAUAUAACUAAUAAAAGGAUAAAUAUUUUCAUUCUCCUUCAAAAUAAUAGGGUGAUCAAAAACAUAAGCAAUAAAUUAAAGAUAAUGAUGAGGAGACAGAUUUACAAGAGUAAAGAAAAUAGAAAAUAAGAGAGUUAGAACAAAAAAUACAACAAGCUCAAAGGAAGAUUGAUGGGAAAGAUGGAUAAAUAUAAGCAAAUUAAGAAAUAAUCACUAAUUUUGAAAGUUUUAUAUUAAAGGAUUACAAUCCUGAAGAAUUCGAGAAAAUCAUAUUGUCUGAAAGUAAUUUCGUAACAGAUAAUAUAUUGAUAAAUAAUCUUAUAUCAAAAUUGAGAUCAUUUUUAUCCGAAUUUUAAAACUCAAUUAUUGAUUUGAUAAAUAAGGUUGAUGACAAAAUAAAAGUAGAUAAAGAUGGUGAAGGGAAAGAUUUUCAAUAAAAUUUGCAUUUAUUAACUAAAGAAUUCCAAAAAUUUGCAGAGAAGCAAUCAAAAAAUGACAUCUCUGAUAAUACCAAUACCAAUACUCUUCAAGAAAUUAGCGAAAUUGAAUUAAAUUUGCUUGUUUCAAAUAUAAUUACUUAGACAAAGUAGUUAAGAGAUAUUAUAUAAAAAAAUUGUUGUCUAUUAAUCAAAUUUAAUUGUGACAUGUAUAAUGGUUUAUAGGGAAUGUCUAAAAGUAUUAAACAACUUGAAUAAAUUCAAAGUAUAACAAAUUCUGUGAAAUUACAAACAUAAUACUUCUAAUCAAUUAUUAAUGAUCAAAUUAAUCUAUAAAUAACAUCUGAUGACAAUGAUCACAUAUUGUUAUUAGAUUUAUUGAAACAACUAAUACAUAAAUAAGAAUAAGCUUUCUAAUUUUAACAAUUCUUUGCAGAGUCUUUAUUUAAAAGAAUCGAUCUUGUUCAUUAAAGUGAAGACAACUUAAGAGAAGAUAUGGCCAAAAGGCUUCAAAGUUUCAAAUGA